AUGGCUUGCUUAAAUACACUUAAGUUAGAAAUUAAAACGUUAGAGCAAGUGUUUCCCAAAAAUCAUGAGCGAUUUCAGAUAAUGUCAGCUAGUGUCGACGAACUGACCUGCAGAUUCGUUGGCAAAAAUGGAAAAAAAUAUGAAAUACAUGCAAAUAUCACAGAAACAUACCCCACCACACCACCAGUUUGGUUUGCAGAAAGUGAGGAUCCCAUAGUGACCAAUGCGGUUCAAAUUUUAACAAACACACAGGGAAGAGACAAUCAUGUUAUAAAUCAGGUUGGUAUAUUGUUGAGAGAACUGUGCAAGUUACAUGGUAUCCCUGAGCCUCCAGACUUGGAUUCACUCUCGCUGCCCAUCUAUCCCGCACCACAACAUAGAGUACCAAGUGUAACGUCCAACGGCGCUGAAUCCGGAACAGAGGAAGAUGAAGAUAUGGCUGCUGAAGAAGAUGAUUCAGAAGGAGAGGAUGACUUGCCACUAGAGAUGGUUGAGGAUGCUGCUAGAAGCAACAAGGAUGAUAUGGAAACAGAACACCUAGCAACACUAGAACGGCUGAGACAAAAUCAACGACAAGAUUACCUGUCAGGCAGUGUAUCAGGCAGCCUGCAGGCCACAGAUAGACUUAUGAAGGAGCUACGAGAUAUAUACCGCUCACACUCAUUCAAGAGCAAUAUGUAUUCUAUAGAACUGAUAAAUGAUUCCCUAUAUGAAUGGAAUAUCAGACUGCGGUCUGUUGAUCCUGACAGUCCGCUACACAAUGAUCUGCUAGUAUUAAAAGAAAAAGAGGGCAAGGACUCCAUACUCCUCAAUAUCAUGUUUAAGGAAACAUAUCCAUUUGAGCCGCCAUUUGUUAGGGUGGUUUACCCUAUAAUUUCUGGAGGCUACGUCCUAGUGGGUGGUGCAAUAUGUAUGGAACUACUCACGAAACAAGGCUGGUCAUCCGCUUACACGGUAGAAGCGGUCAUAAUGCAAAUCGCGGCAACCCUAGUAAAGGGUAAAGCGCGGAUACAAUUUGGCGCGACAAAAGUCGUGUCUCAGUCGCAAUAUAGCCUUGCGCGUGCGCAACAGAGCUUCAAGUGCCUCGUGCAGAUACAUGAGAAGAAUGGAUGGUUCACACCGCCCAAGGAGGACGGCUAA